UUGUACCCUGUGCCCCACUGCCAGUUUCCCAUGUGGGGUUGGUAAUAAGGUGGAUCCAGGAGUUAGUCCCGCUCUCUUCUGGGUGACGCGGAUUGGGAAAGGGUUUUGCAAGCAAAGAUUUUUUUUUUUUUGAGCCCUGCUGAGUUGAUUAUACAAUAAACUGAAAAAUAAAUUUUAAUUGUUUCAAAGAGAAGCCAUGAAGUGGACGUGGGUGCUUGUGGCAGUCUUGCUGUCAUUUGGGGGGCCAUCACUGGCCAAGGAGAGCUUGGACUUCCCCGAAUAUGACGGUAAGGACCGCGUACACAACCUCAGCGCCAAGAACUAUAAGUCCCUGAUGAGGAAGUACGACGUUAUGGUGGUGUACUACCAUGACCAUCCCGGAUCCAGCCGCGUCGCCCAGAGACAGUUUGAGACUGAGGAGUUGGCCCUUGAGCGUGCAGCCCAUGUCCUGGAGGAGUUUGAAGAUGAGGAUAUCGGAGUUGGACUCAUUGAUGCAAAGCUUGACAAGGUCGUUGCGAAGAAAUUAGACCUUAAAGAGUCCGACAGCAUCUUCAUCUUCACUGACGAUGAAGUUAUCGAGUACGAUGGUGAACUUGAGGCAGACACUCUUGUGGAAUUCAUCUAUGAUGUUCUUGAGGACCCGGUGGAAAUCAUUGACAACAGCAGAGAACUGAAAGGCUUUCAAAGCAUCGAAGAGGACAUCAAACUGGUGGGCUACUUUAAGAGUCACAAAUCAGAACAUUUUGAUGAAUAUGCCGAUGCCGCUGAAGAGUUCCAUCCUCACAUCAAGUUCUUUGCAACAUUUAAUCCAAAGGUUGCUAAGGCCCUGGAGCUGAAACUUAAUGAAGUGGACUUCUAUGAACCCUUCAUAGACGAUCCUGUGGUCAUCCCUGGAAAACCUUACACUGAGAAAGAACUGGUGAAAUUCAUUGAAGCUAAUGACAGACCAACACUGAGGAAACUGAAACCCAGCAACAUGUAUGAGAUCUGGGAUGAUGAUAUUGGUGGAGAACACAUUGUCGCUUUUGCAGAAGAGUCAGAUAUCGAUGGUUUUGAGUUCUUGCACAUCCUGAAGCAAGUUGCUGAGGACAAUACAGACAACCCUAACCUCAGCAUUGUCUGGAUCGACCCUGAUGACUUCCCUCUGCUGUUGCCACACUGGGAAAAGACUUUCGGAAUUGACCUGUCCCACCCACAGAUUGGUGUCAUUGAAGCUGAUGAUGCUGACAGCGUGUGGAUGGACAUGGAUGACGGCGAGGAUUUACCAUCUGUGGAUGAGCUGGAAGACUGGAUUGAGGAUGUAUUGUCAGGAGAUAUUGAUCCUGAUGAUGACGACGACGACGACGACGACGAUGACGAUGACGACGAUGAUGAUGACGACGACGAUGACGACGAUGACGACGACGAUGAUGAUGACGACGAUGACGACGAUGACGACGAUGACGACGAUGACGACGACGAUGAUGACGAUGAUGAUGAUGAUGACGAUGACGAUGACGAUGAUGACGAUGACGACGAUGAUGAUGAUGAUGACGACGAUGAUGAUGACGACGAUGAUGAUGACGACGAUGAUGAUGACGAUGACGACGAUGAUGACGAUGACGACGAUGACGACGAUGAUGAUGACGAUGAUGAUGAUGACGACGAUGAUGACGAUGAUGAUGAUGAUGACGACGAUGAUGAUGAUGAUGAUGACGACGACGACGAUGACGACGACGAUGACGACGAUUAUUGAAUUACUGACUUGUAAUUUAAACUCUAAGUCUGACCAAUGCAAUUUCAAGAGUCAACAUUAUCAUCGCAUCGAUGACUCUCCUGAAUCAUCCACUUUUGUAACAAUUUCUAAUGAUGAAGUCUUCUGUUCAUGUAAAUCCUUCAUCCUCUCAUCAUCCUCUCUCAGCAGCUCACCAGAAUCACUAUAUUCCAUGAUUUUUUUUGUCCUUCUCCCUGACAAAGUCAAUGAUCUAUGAUGUAAAAAACUCUUCUAUUUAUUUCCACAUGUAAUACUGUCUUGUACAAUAAAACAAGAUAUUCUUUAAAAAUCUUGUCACCUACUGCUUUUGAUUUUGAAAAUAUUAAAGUUUUUAUAUUCAUAGAAUUGAAAGGUUCUCAUUGUUUUUCUGCAAAACGUCUGAGCCCAAAUGUCUCGUCUUUUGCUGUUUGCAUGUUUUAUGUGCAUUCAGAUAUUUCCUUGUUUUCCCCAGUACUGAACUGAAUCAUUUCAGAUUCAAGGGUGCUAACAGUCUAUCACGUUGGGUCUCAAACACCACCAGUCUACUGUGUUUAGCCAGUAUGAUGCUGUACAAUGAAAGUACUGUACAUCAUAUGGAUGUUUUCUAUGAUGAUGAAUUAUGACAACAACCAGAUUUUAUUUUUGUAAUGAGAGAAUUUUAAAUUGCUGUAAAGUCUUAAAUAAACAAGAAGCUUGGACAGAAA